CAAGUUUCAACGUUUCCAAAGAGAAAGUCUCUAACUGGAGAGACUUCCUUCGACUCCAUUGUUAUCCUAUCGAAGAUUUCAUUCACGAAUGGCCCUCAACUCCAGUUUCUUUUAGAGAAGUCACAGCUGAAUAUGCUACAAGCGUUAGAGCCUUGGUUCUGACACUUCUUGAGGCAAUCUCAGAGAGCUUAGGCCUUGUGAAAGACCGUGUAAGCAAUACUUUAGGAAAACACGGUCAACACAUGGCUAUAAACUAUUAUCCGCCGUGUCCGCAACCCGAGCUAACUUACGGACUUCCCGGACAUAAAGAUGCAAACUUGAUCACUGUUCUUCUUCAAGAUGAAGUCUCUGGUUUACAGGUUUUCAAAGACGGUAAAUGGAUUGCUGUUAAUCCUGUUCCCAACACUUUUAUAGUCAACCUUGGUGACCAGAUGCAGGUGAUAAGCAAUGACAAAUACAAGAGUGUGCUACACAGAGCUGUUGUGAACAUCGACAAAGAGAGGAUAUCAAUACUGACAUUCUACUGUCCUUCUGAAGAUGCUAUGAUUGGUCCAGCACAAGAGCUGAUCAAUGAGGAAGAAGACUCUCAUGCUAUUUACAGAAACUUUACAUAUGCUGAGUAUUUUGAAAAGUUUUGGGACACAGCAUUUGCAACUGAGAGCUGUAUUGACUCGUUCAAAGCUUCCACCGCCUAAGAUAAUGUACUUUAGAAUCAAUCAUCGUUAUAACUAGGUCGGUCCUUA